UCAAAGGAACACCAUUAGGGAAGAGUUGUGUUUUCUUUAAGUGGUUUGAUAAAAAAAAAGAUUAAUCGAUCUUUACCAAGAAUUGAGUUUAAACACAGCAAAAAAUUUAAUGUUAUUUUGCUUAUAUAAGAAAAUCGUUUACUUUGCUUGUUUGGUAUGUAAUUUGUCAACCCUAGGGAUGAAUUGAUCGUGUAGUUGUGUAGGUGGUGGUGUUUAGAAGGAGUGACAUACACGUCUUCAUUUGGAUUCAACUUCUUAAAAAUUAAACGAGCCGACGCGAUCGAGUAUUUUUAAGGGAGACUGGUCAAAUCGUCGGUGGAGAUAAAAGAAUUUGACAAACCAGUCAACCAGUCGUAGCCAAACCAUGCCCUUGGUUCUACUUCUUACCAAUCUGACAUUGUGUACAUUUUGUCGGCUGUUUUGAAGUUCCAUAUAUAUAUUUUUAACAAAAACAAAAAUAAAGUCACCGGUUGAUUACCCUUUUGAGCACUAGUAGUGAUAUACAUGUAACAUGAUGACCCUAACCUAUGUUUAUUAAUCCAACAUGUAUAUACAAAGUAACAAGUCAAUUUCUAAAUUGUAUAUACCAAAAAUAUCCCAAAGAGAAUAUCAAAAGCGAUGGUGUUUCAGUAAAUAAAACCAAGAAGAUGUCCAUUCUAAGUCAUUUCAUUUAAUUUCAAGAGACUAAAUAGACCAACCCUUAAGCCCUCCUUGUCUGAAAGGAAAAUGGUGAGCUCUCGUGUGAUCUACGUUGUAGUCGCGAUUCUCGUGAUCGCGACCGCGAGGGUCGAUGCCAACGGUUACGAAGACGCAUUAGGAUUCAUGGUCCAAACCGGAUCGUCCUCUAACUGUAGAGGUUCAAUCGCAGAUUGCAUACCGCAAGAAGAAGAGUUUGGACUCGACUCUGAGAUCAGCAGGCGCAUUUUAGCCUCGAAGAAGUACGUUAGCUAUGGUGCGAUGAGGAAGAACAGUGUUCCUUGUUCCAGACGCGGCGCAUCUUACUACAACUGCCAACGUGGCGCUCAGGCUAACCCUUACAGCCGCGGUUGCAGCACCAUCACGAGGUGCAGACGUUGAAAUUUGAAUCUCCUGCUUUACUCUUUCGUUCUUGUGUUGUUUGUUUGUGUUUGUUUUAAAUAUAACUAUAGUUAUUUCACCGACGGAUACGGAUGUUAUGGUUUCGUUGUCAACUUGUUAAACAAAACGUAUGCAUUUAUCUAUGCUUUUCGUUUUGUAAUCACAUUUAAUUUGGAAUCUCGUUGAUUGAAAUAGUUAUUUGCUUAUAUAUGUUUA